CCGGCAACGGGCGGCCUCACCCGGGACCGGACACCCCCAGCGCCCCCAGUACUGGGCGCUCGCCGUUCUCCGCGGUACCAGAGGCACCCUGUGCCCCCUCCUGGUACCGGACACUCCCGGUGCUCCCCCUCCGGUACCGGAAACCCCGAGUGCUCCCCCGGAUGGGGCCGCUGGUGCUGGAGCUGUACUGGAAGCACGCGCCGCGCACCUGCAAGAACUUCGCUGAGCUCUGCCGCCGCGGCUACUACAACGGCACCCGCUUCCACCGCAUCAUCCGCGACUUCAUGGUGCAGGGAGGGGACCCCACCGGCACUGGCCGCGGUGGAGCCUCCAUCUACGGGAAGCAGUUUGAGGAUGAGCUGCACCCCGAGCUGAAGUUCACUGGCGCCGGCAUCCUGGCCAUGGCCAACGCGGGGCCAGAUACCAACGGCAGCCAGUUCUUCCUGACGCUGGGCCCGGCACAGUGGCUGGACGGGAAGCACAGCAUCUUCGGGAGAGUCUGCCAGGGCAUGGGCGUCCUUGGCCGCUUGGCCAUGGUGGAGACCAAUGCCCAGGACCGGCCCCUUGACGACGUCAAGGUCAUCAAGGCUUUUCCUUCGGGAUAGGGGAGCUGCGGGGGUGGGUGGUGGCACCACCUGGUCCUCACAGGUUUGUAGCGCUCGCUUGGAAUAAAAGAGGUGAGAAGUGGUGGUGAUGCCAA